AUUCUAGCAUCAAGGCAGCAGGUUUCUGCAAAGUUUGGAGUUACUCUUGUCACCAUAACUGUAUGCCUGCUUGAGGUGGUUGUAACAGGGGCUCAGCAGCACAAGGAGUCUGCAUGUCGAGGUAGACAUGCUCAGCUUUGUGGAUACUCGGAUUCUGUUGCUGCUCGCAGUAACUUCAUACCUAGCAUCAUGUCAAUGUAAAGGCAUGAGAGGACCCAGAGGAAACAAGGGACCUCAAGGUGACAGGGGUAUUCAAGGCCCUGAUGGUAAAGAUGGCAUCCCAGGCCUUCCCGGCCCCCCCGGCCCCCCUGGACCCCCUGGACUUGGAGGAAACUUUGCUGCUCAGUAUGAUGGUUCUAAAGCACCUGACCCUGGACCUGGGCCCUCUGGUCUGAUGGGAGCUAGAGGUCCACCUGGACCACCUGGAUCCCCUGGACCUCAAGGAUUCCAAGGACAUGCUGGAGAGCCAGGAGAGCCGGGACAGACUGGUCCAGUCGGUGCUCGUGGCCCCCCAGGCCCCCUAGGCAAGGCUGGUGAGGAUGGUAACAAUGGCAGACCUGGCAAACCUGGAGAUAGAGGCGUAGCAGGAGCUCAGGGUGCCCGUGGAUUCCCCGGAACUCCUGGACUUCCUGGAAUGAAGGGACACAGAGGAUACAACGGUCUGGACGGACGCAAAGGAGAGUCUGGUGCCGCUGGCGCCAAGGGUGAGACCGGUGCCCAUGGAAACGGUGGAACCCCUGGACAGGCUGGGUCUCGUGGUAUGCCCGGUGAGAGAGGCCGUGCCGGCCCUGCUGGCCCCGCUGGUGCACGUGGUGCUGACGGCAACACCGGACCCUCCGGACCUGCUGGUCCUCUUGGAGCUGCAGGACCCCCUGGAUUCCCUGGCGCCCCAGGUCCUAAGGGAGAACUCGGCCCUGCUGGUUCUUCGGGUCCAUCUGGGCCCCAGGGAGGAAGAGGAGAGCCCGGUGUCAACGGAGUCGCUGGCCCAGUCGGACCCCCUGGUAACCCUGGCAACAACGGUUUGAACGGAGCCAAGGGAGCUGCUGGUCUCCCCGGUGUCGCUGGAGUUCCUGGUUUCCCAGGACCAAGAGGAGGACCCGGACCCCAGGGGCCUCAAGGCCCCUCAGGAGCCAGAGGCCUGGGAGGUGAUCCUGGACCUGCUGGAGUGAAGGGAGAUGGCGGUGUCAAGGGAGAGCCAGGUCACUCUGGACCCCAGGGGGCCCCUGGUCCAGCAGGGGAAGAGGGGAAGAGAGGACCCACCGGAGAGCUGGGAGCCACUGGCCCCGCCGGCCUCCGUGGAGCCAGGGGUGCUUCUGGAACCAGAGGUCUGCCUGGACUCGAGGGAAGAUCCGGCCCCAUCGGCAUGCCUGGUAACCGUGGUGCCACUGGUCCAUCUGGAGCCCGCGGUCCCCCUGGUGAUGCAGGACGUGCUGGCGAGCCUGGUCUUACUGGAGCCAGAGGUCUCCCAGGAAGUUCUGGAAGCUCUGGUCCCCCUGGAAAGGAAGGCCCCUCUGGUGCUGGAGGUCAGGAUGGUCGUACCGGCCCCCCUGGUCCCACUGGACCCCGAGGCCAGCCCGGUAACAUCGGCUUCCCCGGCCCCAAAGGACCCGCUGGUGAGAAUGGUAAAGGAGGAGAGAAAGGACCAGGAGGUCCCACCGGUCUCAGAGGUGCCCCCGGUCCCGAUGGCAACAACGGCCCCGGCGGCCCAGUCGGACAAGUCGGUAACGCAGGAGAGAAGGGAGAGCAAGGACCCGCUGGAGCUCCUGGUCUCCAGGGUCUGCCUGGCCCCGUUGGUGCUGUUGGAGAGGGAGGCAAGCCUGGAGACAGAGGUAUCCCUGGAGACCAGGGACUCCCAGGGCCUGCUGGUGGCAAGGGAGAGCGUGGUAACCCAGGACCUGCAGGCUCUGCUGGACCCCAGGGAGCCAUCGGUGCUCGUGGACCUGCUGGAACCCCAGGGCCUGAUGGUGGCAAGGGAGAGCCUGGUUCUGCUGGACCGGCCGGUGCCCAGGGUCACCAGGGGGCUGGUGGGAUGCCUGGAGAGCGUGGUGCUGGUGGCACUGCUGGACCCAAGGGAGAGAAGGGAGAGGGAGGACACCGUGGACUGGAAGGAAACUUGGGAAGAGAUGGCGCCCGUGGUGCCCCCGGACCCAGUGGCCCCCCAGGACCUGCCGGAGCUAACGGCGACAAGGGUGAGACCGGAUCCUUCGGACCAGCUGGUCCUGCUGGACUCCGUGGCCCACCUGGAGAGAGAGGAGAGGGCGGCCCUGCUGGCCCUCCAGGAUUCGCCGGACCCCCUGGUGCUGGUGGUCAAGCUGGACCCAAGGGAGAGCGAGGCCCCGCUGGAGGAAAGGGAGACCUUGGCCUGGCAGGACCUUCAGGGCCCGCCGGACAGUCUGGACCCCCUGGUGCUGCAGGUCCUGCUGGACCCCCUGGUGCUCGUGGUGACGGUGGACCUAACGGUCUGACUGGUUUCCCUGGUGCUGCUGGCAGAGUUGGAACUCCCGGCCCUGCUGGUAUUGUUGGACCCCCAGGCCCUCUUGGCCCCAGUGGAAAGGACGGCCCUCGGGGCCCCCGUGGAGACGCCGGACCCGGAGGAGCCCAGGGAGAGCAGGGCAUGGUUGGGCCCGCCGGCCUGGCUGGAGACAAGGGACCUCCUGGAGAGAGCGGACCCCCUGGUUCUCCAGGUUCCCCAGGACCCUCUGGUCAGCUUGGUUCUCAGGGAUUCAGUGGUCUUCCAGGUUCCAGAGGAGACCGUGGUCUUCCAGGCGGAGCUGGUGGAGUUGGUGAGCCUGGUAGAGUUGGACCAUCCGGAGCCCCCGGCCCUCGCGGCCCCGCAGGCAACAUCGGUAUGCCCGGCAUGACCGGAGGACAGGGAGAGGCUGGCCGUGAGGGUAGCCCUGGCAACGAUGGUCCUCCUGGACGACCUGGUGCAGCUGGAUUCAAGGGUGACCGUGGUGAGCCUGGAUCUCCAGGAGCGAUGGGAUUGGCUGGAGCCCCAGGACCCGCAGGGCCCGCCGGAGCUGUCGGCCGCCCUGGAAGCCGAGGAGAGUCUGGUUCCGUUGGUGCUUCUGGUGCUGUUGGACCUGCCGGAGCUAGGGGUGUCCCUGGCCCUGCUGGGCCCCGUGGUGAGAAGGGAGUCGCCGGAGAGAAGGGAGACCGAGGCAUGAAGGGCCUGAGAGGACAUGGAGGUCUGCAGGGCAUACCUGGACCCAACGGUCCUUCUGGUGAUUCUGGUUCUGCUGGUUCCGCCGGACCUGCUGGACCUAGAGGCCCUGCUGGACCCCACGGCCCAGCUGGUAAGGACGGCAGAGCUGGAUCCCAUGGUGCUAUCGGACCCGCCGGUAACCGUGGACCCCCUGGACACCUCGGACCUGCUGGUCCUCCUGGCUCCCCUGGUCUUCCCGGCCCCCCCGGCCCCGCCGGCGGUGGAUACGACGUCUCCGGAGGCUACGAUGAGUACAGGGCCGACCAGCCCGCCCUCAGAGCCAAGGACUACGAGGUGGACGCCACCAUCAAGUCCCUGAACUCCCAGAUCGAGAACCUGCUCUCCCCCGAGGGCUCCAGGAAGAACCCAGCCCGCACCUGCAGAGACAUCCGCCUCGGUCACCCCGAAUGGACCAGCGGCUACUACUGGAUCGACCCCAACCAGGGCUGCAUCAUGGAUGCCAUCAAGGUCUUCUGUGACUUCUCCUCUGGCCAGACCUGCAUCUACGCCCACCCCGAGAGCAUCGCCCGCAAGAACUGGCACAGGAGCUCCCAGGACAAGAAGCACGUCUGGUUCGGAGAGACCAUCAAUGGCGGUACUGAGUUCGCGUACAACGACGAGACCCUGAGCCCACAGAGCAUGGCCACCCAGCUGGCUUUCAUGCGCCUGCUGGCUAACCAGGCUAGCCAGAACGUCACCUACCACUGCAAGAACAGCGUGGCGUACAUGGACGCAGAGAGCGGUAAUCUGAAGAAGGCCGUGCUGCUGCAAGGGUCAAACGACGUGGAGCUGAGAGCCGAGGGAAACAGCCGCUUCACCUUCAACGUGCUGGAGGAUGGUUGCACUAAACACACCGGCCAGUGGAGCAAGACAGUCAUCGAAUACAGAACAAAUAAACCAUCUCGUCUGCCCAUCCUCGACAUUGCUCCUUUGGACAUUGGUGGAGCUGAACAGGAGUUUGGUUUGGACAUUGGCCCAGUCUGUUUCAAAUAAAUAGACUCAUGAUAAAUUAAAAAAAAAGAGAGAAAGAAAGAAAAAGCGACAAAAAUCUCUGCCCUUCUUUCUGUGUUUGUUUGUUUUUUUUUUUAUACCGAUUGCCGAUUUCUCUCUGCGCAUCCACUUGCUUAAACUGGCCCCCCUAUUGGAGUGGACUAAAGGACUGGAUGGAGCGUUGUGCAAUGCAAAUUAAUACAGCAGCCCUAACAGACGCGGGAAACACCUUGUGGGACAUGUCAUCAUUUUGUAAAAAAUAAAAAGAAGUGUAAUAAAAACGCUGAAAGUA